AUGGCACCCAAGACGCCCCGUCUCAAGAUUCUAUCAGUUGGCGGCAAUCCCGUCUCGGCCUUCUUAUCAUGGAGGCUCCAGGCCACCAACGCCUGCGACGUCACGCUGGUAUGGAAAUCGGGGUUUGAGCACGUUGCCCAGUAUGGCAUAUCGUUCAAGUCAUCCACAUUCGGGAAUGAGCGCUUUAAGCCGCGGCAUGUUGUUCGAAAUCCAGAAGAUGCUGCGGGCAACCGAGACGGCCCCUUCGAUUACGUCAUCCUUUGCGUAAAGGCUCUUCCUGAUGUCUACGAUCUCGCCGCCGUCAUCGAAUCCGUUGUUACUCCUCAGCAUACUUGCAUUCUUGUCAACACCACACACACUCUCGGAAUCGAGGCCGCAAUUGAGGAACGCUUCCCAACCAAUGUCGUCCUAUCGCUCGUCUCUGGGGCUGAGCUUACGCAGCUUGGCCAGAGCGAGUUUGAGCACAAAGGAUCAACUGAUGUCUGGGUCGGCCCUGCCAGCCGGAAUGCCAAUAUCCCACAGUCUAUCCAGGAGGACAUGGCCCAGGCCAUUUCCAUGACGCUGAGUUCUGGUCAGGUCAACAGUCAAGUGUCCAACAACAUCCGACAACAGCAAUAUGAGAGAGUUAUUGGACCGAUUGCUUUCCAUCCCAUCAGUGUAAUAUUCGAGACAUCUAAUCAUGUAGCGCUCCUUGAGAAGAUGGGGGUAAAAGACAUGAUCUCCGAGGUCAUUGACGAACUACUGCGCCUUGCCGAGGCCAAUGGCUGCAAAUUCGCACCCAAUUUUAAGCAGUCAAUCAUGGAUGAUAUGGCAAAACCGAACCAACCCGAAAGCAUCAUGUGGCAAGAUUUCAUCGCCCGGCGGCCAAUGGAGGUCGAGACAUACCUCGGCUCACCCAUCAGACUCGCUCGGGAUGCCAAAGUCUCUGUACCCCGGAUUGAAACUCUUUAUGCCAUCCUCCACAAUCUCAACAUUGUCAACCGCAACCGGCCGAAGCAGGAUGCGGCCGGCUUUCGCCCAAUGAUGCCCAAUGGCAACGGAAUGCCACCUCGCCAGCCACGACCUAGAACAUCGUCCAACUUUAGCAACGCUGGAGGCAUGCGUAGGCCUCCGCCUAAUGCAAAUGGCGGCCCCAAUGGCUACGGAAGGCCACCGCAGAUGAACGGCGGAGGUUCUCGAGCCGCGUCUCGACGUGGUUCAAUGGAAGGCAAUGAUUUGGAGGAAUUUUCUCACCUCGUACUGUACGACGACAUCCCAGAAGGCCAGGAACAGUCUUUUGGGACCGACAACUCGGAUCUCGCGCUCAGAGAGCGAGAGCUACAGCUGCGCCAACGCGAACUGGCUUUGAGAGAGCAGGAGAUGCGAAUGAGGCGUGGUCCUCCUCCUCCUCAAGCAUCUGCGCCUCCCUCCCGCCGAGGACCGCCGCCAUCCAGGGGAGGAUUUGACGACGACGAUGAAGAUGACGAUUACUUCGACCCAUCCAUGGCCGCCCCCGUCCCCAUGAUAGAUCCAGACAACUUCGACAUGAUGAGUGUUACCUCAAGGAAAAACCGCAAGGUGCCCGGGCCAUCUCAAACCCAGAUGCGACGAAACCCCGAAGGAGACGCACCGCCGUCCAAGAGUAGCAGGUUCCGACCCUUUGGUCGCAAUCGUUCCAGCCAAAUGAGCCAAAUAAGCCAAAUGCCCACGGUGAAUGACAACAUCCUCGAUGACCCGCUACUAAGCUUCACAUCGAACCGAUACGGAGCGGUGGACCGCGGCGCAAUGAGCGCAGGUUCUCGUGCCAACUCUUUGACUGCCUCUCGUGGUUACCCUCGACGAACUAGCCAUUCGCCGGGAAAUCAGUACAGCCCUUCGAUGCGAGGUGGAAAUGGCAGACCAUCGCCACCAAAUGGAUUCGGCCCUACCAACGGCCAACCUUCACCACCUAACGGCAUGAGACAGCCCGUUCCCCGUUACCCACCGGGUCAAGGCACCGUGGUCGCGCCUCAGCAAGUUGAACAACAGGUCGGGGUGAGCUCUCUCAAUCCCCCCAAGUCUAGAAAUGGUCGUAGUCUGACUGGCAGUGCGAGUGCUAGCGCGGACAGUGGUGAAUUCGGCUCAGAACGAUCGGCAUACAGCAGCCAAGGUAGUCUCCAACAGCAGCAGUACCAAGGACAGUGA